AUGCAUACGCAUACGUUGGCUAGAUCGGUAAGGGAUGAUUUACCGGCCUAUUCAAUUUACUCUGAUGAAGGUGAAUCUUCAGGAAGUAAUGCUUACGAGUCAAAUAGUAACGAGAAUUUAAGACAUGAACCAAACGAUACUGCUACUAAUUAUAAUUUUAGUAAUAACUUGACGUCUUCUUUAAGCAGAUUAAGCUUUGAAGAUACUUCGAUUGAUGAAAACUUGAUUAUUACUGAUGAAAAUACCAAUAAUUGGACAGAGACUAUUAUAAACAAUAUUCACAAUUUGCGUAGUUUAACCAAAACUGGUAAUGAGUAUUCAAAAGCCAUUGAUAUAUCUAUUCAUUUUACUAAAGAUGUUGGUAAAGUGAAUGAAAAACCAACUUUGAUUGACCCUUUACUUCAUGAGUAUAGAAAAGGAGAUUUUAUUAAUGGGCAUAUUUAUAUUACAAAUACUUCUGACUUCGAAGUUCCAUUCACAAUGUUUUAUGUUAUGUUCCAAGGGCAUUUUCUAAUUGCAUCAAAGAAUGAAUCAAAACCAGUUAAAUUUAAAAAAUUCUUAGAAAUGUUUGAUUUCAGUGCUUCUUAUAACGAAGCUAGAAUUGAUCGAUUAAUCUCUGAAAAUAAUAAAGAUGAACUUUUCCAAACAAUCAGUUUGAUUGAUCCAAUCGAUAACGCCGAGUUAUCAUUAGCUGAACGUGUUCUAAAGCCAAAAACAACUUAUAAACGGUUUUUCACAUUUAAAAUUCCUGAAAGAUUAUUAGAUUCUGAAUGUAACGUUCACAACUUAUCUUAUCAUACAGAAUUACCUCCUACUCUUGGUAUUCUGAAAUAUUUUCAAGUGAAUGACGAAGACAAAUUCAAGGACUUUCUGUUCCCCGAUUCUUCAAUUACUUACGGAUUGACCGCUAGAUUUAUUGGUAAGGCCUAUCAAUAUAAUGAAAAGAAUGAAAAAUCACACAAUUCAAACCCAACAUUAGUUAACUCUGAUGGUGAUGAAUUCGUGAUUUUCACAGAUAACCAAGUAUCAAUGAGAAUUUUACAACAAGCUCCGGUCCAAUCAACGCUUGAUUAUAAUUUAAAAACCUUAGAAAUAGAAACAAUGUAUAAAAAUUUGAUAUCAAGGUUGAAAGAGAAAAUCGAAAUUGGCGAAGAAAUAGUCCAAUCUUUAAAUGAAAAUCAUUCAGAUGAAGCUAUUCAAUUAGCUAAGAAAUUAGACCAAGCCAAUAAAAAUGAUUUAGCCAAGGCUCGUCAAUUAUAUUCAAGUAAGCAUUCAAGAGAUGUUAAGGCAAAAUAUGGUGAUAAAAUAAUCGAUAAGUGUGAUAAUUAUGAAAUGAUCAUACCACUAAUGAAGAAAAAAUUACUUCAUUCAAACUCUAAUGGUACUUUAAAAGUUUCUUCUCCAAAAAUGCCGAUAUACUUGAGAUACAUCCCACCACCAAAAUUUAGAUUGGGUGAACCAAUUGAUAAUUCUACCUGGAAGUUCGAUAUGCCUAUUAAUUUAAGUUUCACUUCAGGAUCCUUAUUAAGCACUCAUAAAGAAUUGCCCCGUUUCAAGAAAAUUCUGUGUGACUUGGUUGUGGCCACUUUCAAAUCAAAAAAGUUUGAUAUUCCACUUCAACUCAACCAUAACUUUCUUUUCAAAAACGAUUUUAAGAAAUUUUAUAAUGAUCCAACCACCGAUAACGAUAGUUUCGUUCAUAUAAUCAAGAAACCAUUUCAGGAAAUGGGCAAAAAAUAUUAUGAUUUAUUUCAAACUCUAGGCUCUGACAGAUUCAGAGUCGAAGCCUCCCUUAUUGAUGAUUUGAAGGCUAUGUGUGGCAUUGAAGAAAGGUUCAUGAAGUUAAAAAUCGACGAUUUCAAAAUUAAUGGGUCUAAAGACAUGAAAGACUUAUCCGAUUUGAAUUGGGAUUUGAACGAUCGCUCAAAUAGUUUUGAACAAUCUCUAAGCUUGAGUGUGAACGUUGAAAGUGCUGACUUCAAAUACCUUCAGUCAAAAAACCGUGGAAAUGAAUCGGCCUACGAUAAAUUUUGUUUUGUUCCUUCUUUCCAAACUUGUAACAUGGCUAGAAUGUACUAUUUUGACUUGUGCUUUCAGUUGACAACCAAUGAAUAUUUCCAUGUCAAAGUCCCAGCAGUGAUAGAGAAGUGGUAG